GAAUCACUAUUACAAGCUGUUGGCCAUUCUUCUGUCAAGAAUAUGUCGUUACAUCACCUGUCAAGAAUUCCAAACUCGGAUUCUUAGUUCCUGGACUGUGACUUCAUGCUUUAUAUGCUAUGACCAUAAAAAUAAUAUUGGGCUCCCCUAUGGCAAUGAAACGACAGAAUCAAAGCUCUGUGGUUGACUUCAUCCUCUUGGGGUUUUUCAACUUCCCUGAAUUCCAAGAGCAGGCCUUUGGGCUUUUCUUGAUUAUUUAUCUGGUGACUCUGGUAGGAAAUGUCAUCAUUAUAGUUGUCAUCUCCCUGGACCAGAGCCUCCACGUCCCCAUGUACCUGUUCCUCCAGAACUUGUCUGUGGUGGAGGUGAGUUUCAGUGCAGUCAUUGUGCCUGAAAUGCUGGUGGUCCUCUCUGCUGAGAAGGCCACGAUUUCUUUGGCGGGCUGCUUUGCACAGAUGUACUUCAUUCUUCUUUUUGGUGGAACUGAGUGUUUCCUCCUAGGAGUCAUGGCUUAUGACCGAUUUGCUGCAAUCUGCCAUCCUCUGAGCUACCCAAUGAUUAUGAACAGAUGCGUUUUUAGGAAACUGGUCGUGUUCUCAUGGGUCUCAGGAAUUCUGGUGGCCACUGUGCAGACCACAUGGGUAUUUAGUUUCCCCUUUUGUGGCCCCAAUGAAAUUAACCAUCUCUUUUGUGAAACUCCCCCAGUUUUAGAGCUCACAUGUGCAGAUACCUUCCUGUUUGAAAUCUAUGCCUUCACAGGUACUAUUUUGAUCGUUACAGUUCCUUUCUUACUGAUUCUCUUGUCUUACAUUCGAAUUCUCUCUGCCAUCCUGAAGAUGCCAUCAAGUACUGGGAGACAAAAGGCCUUUUCUACCUGUGCUUCUCAUCUCACAUCUGUCACCCUCUUCUAUGGCACGGCCAAUAUGACUUACAUACAACCCAAAUCCAGCUACUCACCAGAAACCAAGAAGCUGAUGUCACUGGCUUACUCACUGCUCACACCUCUGCUGAAUCCACUCAUCUACAGCUUGCGAAACAGUGAGCUGAAAAGGGCUUUGAAGAAAUUAUGGCAAAGAAAAGUGAUUUUACAAACUGUCUGACUUGGUGAGAAGACAUUUGAUAUUUGAUCACUGUGCAACUGAACUUUAUUUAGAUUUGCUAAAUGGUGAAUACAGUUUGCAUUUCCUGGUAUGCAUAUGCUUAAUUUGUUGACUUCUUCAUCUUUAUCGUAUAUCAGGAGCAUUUUUAUGUGUUAAAGUCUCCAUUCCUCAUACAGAUGCAUAAUAUUCCUUAAAUUGGGGAUAAUAGUUGCUCAACAAU